AUGUCUGGCUCAUCGGGCUAUUGGUUUGCCGGACAGCGCGGCCAGCACAUCAACAGCACCAGGCGCUUUGGAGUGAUGCAAUUGAAUGGCAGCCGUUGCCACUCGCUGCGUCUUGCUGGCCGACCUCUGGGCGAUCAGACAGGAACAUCGUCUUGCCUUCACCAAUGCGCGCCCGCGCAGAGUGUUUUUUGCGCCCUCGCGACCCAGUCCAGUCUACAGUGACAAAAAUCUCUUCGCGAGAAAGCGCCUUCUUAGGAUUGCCGACGAAGAGCCGGUCUUGAGUAGCCACGAUGCCAGAGAGGAUGCUGGAAGCUAA